AAUGGUGGUAAAAAAAAAACAUAUAGCUGCUCUGUGUGUGGGAAAAGAUUUCCUCAACGUGGAAAUCUGAAGAUACACAUGAGCACUCACACAGGAGAAAAACCAUAUAGCUGCUCCGAGUGUGGGAAAGGAUUUUCUCAACGUGGAAAUCUGAAGAUACACAUCAGAACUCACACAGGAGAGAAACCAUUUAGCUGCUCCGAGUGUGGGAAAGGAUUUUCUCAACUUGGAAAUCUGAAGCUACACAUGAGCACUCACACAGGAGAAAAACCAUAUAGCUGCUCCGAGUGUGGGAAAAGAUUUGGUCAUCUUAGAAACCUGAAGCUACACAUGAGCACUCACACAGGAGAGAAACCAUAUAGCUGCUCCGAGUGUGGGAAAGGAUAUUCUCAACUUGGAAAUCUGAAGAAACACAUGAGCACUCACACAGGAGAAAAACCAUAUAGCUGCUCUGAGUGUGGGAAAAGAUUUGGUCAUCUUGGAAAUCUGAAGGAACACAUGAGCACUCACACAGGAGAAAAACCAUAUAGCUGCUCUGAGUGUGGGAAAAGAUUUGGUCGAACUGGACAUUUGAAGGUACACAUGAGAAUUCAUACAAGAGAAAAACCAUAUAGCUGCUCUGAGUGUGGGAAAAGAUUUGGUCACAUUGGACAACUGAAAGAACACAUGAACAUGCAUGCCGGAAAAAGGUGCUUCAGCUGUUCAGUUUGUCUGAAAUCUUUUACACGGAAAGAGACCUUGGAAGCACACAUGAGAACUCACACUGGAGAGAAACCAUACAACUGCUCCGAGUGUGGGCUUGGAUUUUCUCACUUAAGUCAUCUAAAGAGACACAUGAGAACUCACACAGGAGAGAAACCAUAUAGCUGCUCUGAGUGUGGAAAAAGAUUUGGUCAAUCUGGAACUCUGAAGAUACACAUGAACAUGCAUACCGGAAAAAGGUGCUUCAGCUGUUCAGUUUGUCAGAAAUCUUUUACACAGAAAGGGAACUUGAAAGCACACAUGAGAACUCACACUGGUGAGAAAGCUUUUCGCUGCAGUGUUUGUGACCAAAGAUUUGCUUUGCGUAAACAUCUCAGAAAACACAAGUGUGUUGUUAAUGAGUCAGUCUCACUAGAAUCACACUAAGGGGCAUUAGAAGGGAGAUUUUAUUGAAACUGAAACUAUACACUGAUAACAAUUGGAAGGAGACCAGAGAAUUUCAGUCAAUAUAAAACUUUCUGAAAAAUAAGUAAGUCCUAGUACGUUGUUUGAGACUUAUUAUGACCCAAAAAUAGUUCAUUUGUUCUGAGAGUUGUAAAAGAGUGUUCGUCUGGGGUCUGAAGGAACACAUGAGGAUGCCUACGGGAGAGAAACUAUUAAAUUAGUGAAACAAGAUUCUCGCUGAAGUAAAACUUAAUUUGUCACAUGAGCUUUAGUUCAGGGGACAAAUCUUUCAGCUGUUGUGUGUCUGUGUGUGUGUGUGUGUGUGUGGGAGGGUUGAAGCUUUUGUCUCCGAGUUAAAGAAUAAACCCUCAGGCUCAAGUGUAUUUGAAUCAUUUAUCUUUCUGCGUGUGUUUUUUGAGGCAACCUGUAAUUUCAGUAACACUUCUAGACUUUUAUUUUGAAGCUCAGCAACUCAUCUGCUCUGGAAGCUGUAUUCUUCACUGUGGCUAACGUCACAAUGUUUAAGCAGGAUGACAUCUCUGUGGGCUCCUGCUCAUGCAGGGUUGAAAGGAAAUGAAAAAGCAAACAUAUUGGCUGAACAAUCAUUAAAACAACAUUUGAGCGAUGUGCAAGUGUCACUAAGGAAUAUUCAGUGCAGGUAGAUUACAGAGUGGGAUCCCAAGGGAAGAGAUGAUCAUUACCCAUCUGAGGAGAGGAUGUAGUGUAAGAGUUAAUCCCUAAUCAAGUAAAAGUGUUACACUGCAUAAGUUGAUUAAGAAACAAAACCAUAUAACCAUCAUAUAACCAUAUUUUAUGUAUAAGAUCUUAUAAAACCGAUUGAAAUGCAUCUAUAUGUGUUAAAGCAUUGUUAUACAUAUUAAAGUGUUCACAAAUUAGAGUUAUAAGUCAACAUUGUAUUCACACUACAGAGCACACACGUAACCUAUCAUGUUCUGUAUAACGAUAAGCACACACACAUUCACAUGUCUGUACUACCUGAUGCACAUUUAAAAGUUUAUAUUGUAUAAGAGCACAAGGGACUGCAUAAAGAAAGUCCCUAAGAUUCACAUGUUUUUUUAAAAAUAAAGUGAAAGCAAAUCCAAAGCUAAGGGUGGAAAAUUUGGGAACUUCCAGACUCAAAAUGAAAGUGAUACACCAUUAAAAUCAGGCCUGUUCACGAUUGGACAAAAAGAAAAAGAUAACCACCAAUAGCUUUGCAUUGAAGUGGGAUGGAUUAGCAGAAGAAGGUGGAGACUCUCUCCAGUCUCCACCAGCAUAAAAGCAGACGCACUGAAAGUAGAUUUUCAGUCCAGCUCCGGGGCUUGACUCGAUGAGUUGUAUGUGUUGUGGCUUGUAAACACAUUAAACUCGAUUGCAUCGAACUCUGCCUGUCUCCAGUGAUUCUUUGAGUAUUGAUUAGCUGAAUCCAAGGUACCAGAUCGACAUCAAAGGAUAACUGAGAAGUCAAGUGGAGGACAAAGUUGGGAGCCUACAGGCCCAAUUCCAGGCACCGAUUUUUACCUCUACAAGGACAUACUGGAUUAUAUGACACCCUCUCUUAGGGCUGGCCGAUGUAAUGACUGUGUUCGAUAUAUUGAUGUAUUUUCAAUCAAGAUAUGAAUUUAGAUAAUACCGUUUAAAUCUAUAUAGAGUCAAGCUGUGUAUCAUAACGUGUACCAGUGUGCUUCUCUCCUCUCUCACACUCCCAGCACAGCUCUGUCCCCUCACUCACAAGUUCUUCAUCAGCAGUCAGAGAGACACAGAGCUGCUCCUCUGUUUCAUCUGUCUGUUCAUUCGUCUACAGUGAGACAUUGGUCUGUAUGUUACACGUGCUACACUACAUCAGUUUGUGACGUUAAUGAAAUUACCGCAGUUGCACACAUGUGGUACAGACAUUUCAUAUACAAGACGUAUGUAACGAGGAAAAAGUGUCUCUGUCUCCGUCCCUCCCUCGGCCUCUCUGUUGAUGCUCUGUGCAUAAAUAAGAUUAAUAGAAUAAAUAAAUAAAAAGAUUUAAAACAUUUUUCAGCACUCGAUUCAUCUGAAAGGCCAACAGAUAGAAAAUGACUUUUCAACUCCUCCCACAAAGACUUUUAAUUGUUCCAAACUACAGUGGAUUGAAAUCUCCUUGAUAGUUUUAUACUCAUGUUAUAGUUUAGUGUCCUGUACUGCCACCCUUUAAACCGCUGUAGCUUGUAGUGUAAAAGUCAAAACCCUCAUCAGGUGUUAGACCAUAUAAGUUGGAUAAGAUACAAAUAGCUAUAUAACCAUGUUAGUGUGUAAACUGUUGCAAAAAACUAAUUCUGCAUUCAUGUGUAAUAUGCAAUAUAACGGUGUGAACUCUUAGUGACAUCUCAGUUGUGAACUCUUAUUGACACACACAACCUAUCACGCGCUGUGUAAUGAUAUAAUGCACUAACCUACACUCACAUGAUGUUGUGAACUUAUAGUGACACUCAUACAAGUUACCACGUGCUGUGACAGCACACUCACUUGAUUGUACUGCCUAAAUGCAUUUAAGAGUUUAUAUAACACGGGAAAAGGUCACACACACACUCAAAUGAUUGUAACACAAGGGACUGUAGCAUGUGAGUCCCUAGAGAUCACGUUUUUCAAAAAUAGAGCACGAGGGACUGUAGCAUGUGAGUCCCCAGAGAUCACAUGAUUUUUUAAAAAAUAGAGUGAGAGCGAUUCCGGAAAUACUGGUGGCAGAUUCCAGUUGAGCAGGAAUAAAGGCAAAAGUCUGCUACCAGUAAAAACGGAUCGAAGUGGGAAGGACUACAGAAAUGGGUGGAGAUCUCUUCGACCUCCACCAGCAUAUAAGCCAGAGCGCUGAAAGCAGGUUUUCAGUCGUCCUCCGGAGGCUGACUCGUGAGUUUGUCUGUGUUGUUGCCUGUGAACACAAUAAACUCGAUUGCACCAGA